AUGCUCCCUGCUCAACUCAUGCAAGCAAUGCAUGGGUUUACAAUGAUUUGUUUAACCACAGUGUUGGAAGGAUUGAUUGAGGAUGACUGCAAACCUAUCUUUGCAGUGCAGCUCAGCAUCCUCUUGACUGCUCUUGAUGUCUUUGGCAGUGGAGGCCUUCAUGUUCAGUCUUGGGGUACUCAGACUGCUGCCUUAAUUGAGUGGUCUGGCAUCGGUCAUUGUUUCCUGAUAACUCUUCAUGAAGUGGACAGUGAGGACUGUUGCUCCACCCAAGCUGCCCUGUCAACAUAUGAGUGGCACAGCAAUGCCCAUGUGCUGUAUGAUGAGUACCCAGAGUCCAUGGCACUCUGUGGCCUCUCGAAAUCCUUUUUCUCAUGCACUCAGCACUCUUUUGUCAGAAUCAUGUGUACAGUGAUGCCGGGUAAACACUUUGUGGAUCUCCUGCAUAAAAUCAGUGGCUCCAGUGAUCCCGAUUACAUCUACAUUAGCUUCAGCACUGCCCCCCCAAUGGAAGACGGUCGUUCUUUGGCAUGCAUAUCUUUCAAAUGGGAAUGCUCUAUGGGAUUCUCCAAGAGCUCAGUCCACUACUCAUCAAGUGACACCAACCCCUCUGUUGUCACAUUUUUGGAGAUUGAUACCCUGGAGGAAGACAUGAUGAAGUUCAAAUAUUGUGCAUCAGCUAUCCUGGCAAUGAAUCUGGCUGCUUCAAUGGCCCAGUCAUGUUUGACAGCUUUCAUGCCCCAUUAA